GGAGCCCAGCAAGCCGGGCGGGAGCUGGCUGGGCAGGGCUGGGCGCUGCUGGGCUGCGCUGCGGGAGGCCAAGGUGUGGGCGGCGGGCGGACGGGAGGACUGACUGACGGACCGACGGGCUGCCGCUGCUCGGCCCCCGAGACCUAGAGCCGAGCCCGGGAGGGCGGAGGAGGGGGCGCGGCUGCCCGUGCCAGUGCCCGAGGGCUGCCCGGCCGGCUCCAUCGCUCGCCCCCCAAGAUGGUGUGCGGCGGCUUCGCCUGCUCCAGGAGCUGCCUGUGCGCCCUCAACCUGCUCUACACGUUGGUUAGCCUGUUGCUGAUUGGAAUUGCUGCCUGGGGAAUUGGCUUUGGCCUCAUCUCUAGCCUCCGUGUUGUUGGAGUGGUCAUCGCCGUUGGCAUCUUCCUCUUCCUGAUCGCACUGGUGGGACUGAUUGGUGCUGUGAAGCAUCACCAGGUGUUGUUGUUCUUUUAUAUGAUCAUUCUCUUACUGGUCUUUAUCAUCCAGUUUUCUGUAUCCUGUGCCUGCUUAGCCCUGAACCAGGAGCAGCAGGGCCAGCUUCUGGAGGUCGGAUGGAACAACACAGCCAGCGCCCAGAAUGAUAUUCAGAGAAGUCUGAACUGCUGUGGGUUCCGGAGCUUCAACCCCAACGACACCUGCCUUGCCAGCUGUUUUUACAGCCGCCAUUGCUCUCCCUGCGCUCCAAUCAUAGAAGAAUACGCUGGCGAGGUGUUGCGGUUUGUAGGUGGAAUCGGCCUCUUCUUUAGUUUUACAGAGAUCUUGGGAGUUUGGCUGACCUACCGAUACCGGAACCAAAAAGACCCUCGGGCAAACCCGAGUGCCUUCCUUUGAUGGGUGAUCCAGGGCUAUUUCCCGCACAGUCCCUUCCUUUUUCCUUCCUGUUACAUAUAAGUUAAGCUAGUUGUCCUUUUCCUUAAUUUAGUGAACUUUCCUUUGAAAAUGAUAUGACAGAAGGGAUAAUUCUCUUUUUGUUUGUAGUCAGCCCGCUGCCCAUCUCCACCCCAUGUAAUGUCCUUUGCCAUGCUUCCAUUGUAAUAUCGUCUUCUGAGUUAAGUGGUUCUCUCCUGACUUUUUGUAGCCAGUGCCCUGAUGCCUUUCCUAGCCUUUGUACACGCAGAGAAAAUUUCAAUGGCAUUCUUGUUGUCCACAUUGUGACCAACAUGUCUAUGCCUCCUGGGUCACACUGGUUAUAGAUAUGGGAUGGGAACCAGAGAAAGAUGGGGACUUGAUUUGUAACUGAUUCCUUUAGUUUGGAUGAGAUCAUGGAACGGACUCCCCCACUCCACCACCCCGUUCCCAGUAUCUUUUUCUUAAGAGAAACUUUGUGUGAAGUAAAAUUCAAUUAAUUAAGGUGUUGAUUCAGGUUUUGUCGUCUUACUUUAGGACAAGAUUAUUGUUAUUUAGAUGUAGAAAUGUGUUUUGGGAAAGUGGGAAAGAUGAGUCAUCUUGGGUCCUGUAGGGGUGGAAGAGAGGUGGGCACUCAUAGGUAUCCUCCUCCCCCCACCCCACCUCCACUGAUGUUUAAUCCAGAAUGCGUUUGCCCUGAUUAUCUUUUCACAACAAUGAAUGGAGGCUCAAAUCCUUCUAUUUUUGAACUAUCUCAUGGGGUAAAAGCAUGAGAGUUGGUGACCUUGACGCUGGCCAGCCUCCGUCCAUCCUGAGAAAUCCUCGAUGAGUGUCCUGGGAAAGCUCUCAGACACAAGCUUAUUGGAAUGUGAUUGUCAUGAUUUCCAAUUUGAGUAGAAUUGUAGCUGUGUCGUUUAUUUAAAAAAAUAAAAAGAUGGAAAACCUU